AUGGCAUACUAUCCAACCGUAUUUUGGAUCACCAUGUUUUUGCAAAAGGUGCAAGGAUUAGAACCCUUUGAUGUGGCCGUCCGCCUCUUACCACAGGCAUUGAUGGGUAUAUUCUUUAGCCCAUUGGUUGGGCUCAUCAUGGAUCGAACAUCUGGCACCGUGUUACUCAUUGUAGCUGCAUCGUGCUCGGUCCUCAGCAACUUGCUGCUUGUUUUCUUGCGCCAGGAGACAAACUACUUUGCUCUCAUCUUUCCGUCGCUUCUUCUCAGCACGAUUGGUAUGGACUGGACAAUGAAUGUUGGAUCUCUAUACACCCUAUCGGUACUGCCUCUGGAGCAUCAUUCCAUUGGUGCUUCUUUACUUCAGACCACUCUGCGCCUCGGUCUUCCACUUGGGCUGGGAGUCACCACCGCUGUGUGGACUUCUUUCGAUGGUUAUUACGACCCCAUGCUGUCUUACUCGAAGACAUUCAUCACUACGACUGCUUUUGCAGGCUUUUCUCUUGUAUUGGCUCCAUUUAUACGAAUCGGAAAACAAGGCUUUUCUCACCCCAAGUCGGUAAAAGAGAAUCAGUCGGACAAUUAUCGACCAAGCAAGCGAUGGUCUUACGUCGAGACUAUUUCCUCUACCAGCAGUAACAGCAGCAAUAGCAGUAGUCCGACGAGCAGAACCCCUAAACCUGAACUGCCACCAAUCCGAACAUCAUCAUUCUCGUCGGAGCUGUCAAUUGAGAAGAACCGGAACUCGUCUCGUGAAACGCCAGUCUCGGAAGCUCCCAAGUCUAAAAUUGUCUGGGUCGUCUGCGAACAGUGUAAUGCUAGCCGUCGCGUUACAGACCCGGUGGGCGACCCAACAAAGUACUUUAACAACAUCUACGGUACGCUCGAGAAGCCAAACCACGACAUGAUUGUCAAUGGCCGAAGACGGUUUCCAUUGGCUGCAAAGAAUCAAAGGACAAACUCUAAUAGUACAGCGACAACUGGUGGAUGA